AUGAGUAAUAAUAUACAAAAGAAACAAUAUAGUAAUAGUAAUAAUAAUAAUAGUAGUAAUAAUGAAUAUGACAAUGUAGAAGAUAUUAAUAAUAGUAAUAGUAAAGGAGGAGGAGGAGGAAAAGGUAGAGGAGAAUGGAGAUCGGGUAAUGUUAAUAAUAGUAGCAGUAAUAAUAAUAAUAACAAUAGUCGUAAUAAUACAACGGGUAGUAAUAGUAAUAAUAAUAGUAUGAGUGAACUACCACAGUUGGUAACGAUGCUGUCUGCACCAGCACCACCAACACUAAGAGUAUAUGAUCCUCAACAACAAUUUAGUCAGAGUCAAUACAACCAUACUAUCACUGCUCAGAUGAUGGCAAAGGAAAAGGAUGGUGGUAGCAGUGAAUCAAACAACAACUCAUUCUCUCAAGUACUAGCUAGUGCAACUUCACAACAAUCAGAUAGUACAAGCAACUCUUUAAAUAAUUCAAUCAAUGAUAGUAUCUUUAAUAAAUCAACAACUGAUAUAGUUGAUCAAGAAAUGUUAAAAAAGAUUCUAAGUGAAGAUGAUGAUGAUGAUGUAGAUAUAGAUGAUGAACAAGAGAUUGAUAUUAAUCAAUUGUUAAAUGAUAAUCAAGAUAUAGAAGAUGAAGAGGAUUUGGAAGAGAUGAUGAGUGUUGCAAACUCUAGCAAGAUCAUUGAUGGUAGUAGUAGUACUGGUGGCGUUGCCGUAGGUGGAGUGGGAGGUAUUGGAAUGUUUUCACCAAUCUAUGGAACAUCACCUUCAACCGUUUCACUUUCUUCUGCCGCUGGAUUACAAAUUAAUCCUCAUCAUCACGGUUCAAACCUAUUUAAUAGUAGUAUCAAUAAUCAUAACAACUCAUCAUCAACAUCAUCAGUCAUUUCCAAACAUAUGAUGAAUUCAAUCGAUAUCAAUAGUGACAAUAUAUUACCAAUGUUGUGGGGAUCAAAGAAUGCUAGAAGAUCAUUGAAUGGAAUUGUCGUCGAACCUCAAUUUUACACAAAACUAUCCGAACAAUUAUCAUCACCAGAUAUUAGAAAAGAAGCUGGUUAUCCUACUUGUUUUUCUACAUCAAAAUAUAUUUGUAUUGGUACAUCACAUGGAUUUUUAUUAAUAUUUAAUUAUAAUCAAGAUUUGGUAUCAAUUAUUGGAGGUACGAUAUGCGCGGAUAGUGGGUCGGUGACAGCGAUUGAUCAACCGAGUUGCAAGGUGAAUGAGGAUUGGAUGGUGAGUGGACACCAAAAUGGACAGAUUAUAUUGUGGGAUAUCCCAACGGGCAAACCACUCAAAGUGAUGGAUGCAACCAUCCACAAACAUCCAAUCCUACACCUCAAAUUCUUUUCCGAUGGACAACGAUUUAUUUCGUCGGAUGCACACGGUGUCACUUAUAUCAUUACGAUUACACGUGGGUUCAUGUCGUUGGGAUCGGAUCAACAACUAUUGCUCAAUGGCAAUUUGGGGCCAGUCUUGUCGAUUGCUCCCCUCUUGCCAGGCAACUAUCCCCAUCCAACUGACAAGUCACACAUAUUUGCAUUGGCAACCAAGAGAAAGAUCCUUGUCAUUUCAGCAUCGAUCGAGGGUGUUUGCAUUCUCAACAACAAGAUUACCAAACCAACCUAUGACGAGUUGCGUGUAUUUGAUCCAUUUGCAUUGGAAGAGGUUGAGAGCGUCAAUGUAAAGUCUAUGCAAAUCAUCCAUCACUCCAAAUUCCAGUCGGUCUACUCGUUCCACAAUAGUAUUCGUACCAACAAGUCGCGUAUCUAUUUGCUAGGGUUGAAUGGAUUCUUUACAGCACACGUUCUGACUUGGUUGGAACGUCUGUCUGUAUUAGUGUCGAAUCAGCAGUGGUUUGAAGCUCUCUGCUUGGCAUUGGAUUUCUAUGAAGGCAAGGCAAAGGCCACCACAGGUCUGUCUAGCAAUACAAUCGACUGCAAGUUACUCACUGGAGAAAAGAUCAUUGAAAUGUUGUCUCAACUAUGUUAUAUAGUCUUUAGUCAACCAAAUGGUGGUGGUGGUGGAAGUUUAAACAAUAGUCAUUCAAAUCUACAUUCACUUGGUGGAAAAUCUGGUGGUGGAAGUGACUCACCAUCAAUUGUUAUUCUUAGAUCACGUAAUUUGAUUCCAAAGAAUCUAAUUGACAAUGAACAGAUUAGUAAUAUGACAAUGCACCAACAGUUGGCAUUGAUUUGUAUAGAGUUUUGUGUCACCAUCAAGAGAACCGACUUUUUAUUUGGUGAAAUCUUCAACUACUUUGUCGAGAGUGGGAUGGUUGCCACCAUUCUUGAAUUCCUCGAGCCAUACAUUCUCCACGACCGUCUCGUCCAUCUCAAUCCAGAGGUGAUGCAAUUCAUGAUGAAUCAUUAUCAGGAAAAGGGAAUCUUGUUGCGUGCCGAACAAUGUCUCUUGCAUCUCGACAUUGCCAGUUUGGAUUUCCAUCAAACCGUCGUACUCUGUCGUAAACACCAUCUUUACAGUGCACUCAUCUAUCUCUACAAUAGAGGUUUGGAUGAUUAUAUCACUCCACUUGAAGAUAUGAUGGAAUUGGUUGUAUUAAAACCAACUGAAGAAAAUCAACAAGAAGAAGAAGAUAAUGGAAAUGGUCAUAUUAAUCGUGGUGAUUUAAAUGGAGGAAUAUCACCAAAUUUAAUAUCAUCAAAUCAUUUAAAUCUUGUUGAGGAGGUUUCAAAACGAUUAUUACAUUAUCUAAGAUACAGUCUUUCAGGGAGAGUGUUUCCAAGUGGUAAACCAAUCCCAUCACAACGUGUGCCAUCACUCAAGAUGGAGAUUUACGAGUACCUCUUUUUACGCAACAUAUUCCCAGAGGAUCCAACACCCUAUCCUAGACUAUUCAAUCUUUUAAAGUUGAAUAGUUUAGAGAUGAUCAAUAUUCUCUCCAACUCUUUUGACGAUCAACUCUUGUCUAUUCCAGCAUCACCCAAACAACCUCAACCAUCUCAACAAUACCAACAACAACUGCAACAACAACAAUUACAACAACAACAACAAGUACACAAGGCAGGAUCGGUACCAUCUGUAAAUUCAUCGCUCGUCAUUCCUGCCAUUCCAUUCAACGUUAACAAAUCCAAUCUCAAUCACCAUACCAUGAUGUCUGUACUCUUGCUCAUUGUGAUUGAUAGAUCGCAACAGCCAUACGAUCCACACACCAAUGAAUCAUGGCCAUUCACAAUCGAGCAACAGGGUCAAGUAUGCGUACUGCUCGCCAAAUGCUUUGAAAAGCGUCUCAUCAAAUCGAUAGAGCCAACUCUAUUGGGCCGUUUGGUGGGUAUUCUCUCGGUUCCACCCAUUGCAUCGGCUGCACCCAUCUAUAACCGAACGGACCGUCAAUCCAGUCUCUUGGGAGUGCUCAUGAACUCGUCGCCCAAAGACUAUGACUCUGACAAACUAUUGGUCAUUGCCGAAGGAAAUGAAUUGUAUCGCGUUGCUCAAUACAUCUAUAGCCAGCAACGCCAAUAUGCCAAGAUGGUGGUCUGUCAAAUUAGAGACCCAGACACUCGUGCCCAAACCUUUGACUAUGUUCGUCAACUCCUCGAGAAUCCCGCCCUCAACGACGCCGAUCGUCAGACUGUUCGUCAAACAACCAUCUCUAAUCUUGCUCAUCUCAUUGUGGUCGACAGUACAGCCACUGCCCAACUCAUUAUGGACUACUUUGCAUCGGAUCACGAAAAGAUUGUCAAAGAGUUGGGUCAGUUCCCCAAGUUACAAUACACCUAUUUGGUUGGUCUCUUGGGUAACGAUAGUUCCUCUCGUGUCGCCAUCCAACAACGUACUGGCAUUUACAUCUCAAAUGAAACUUAUGAAUUAUACAUUAAAUUAAUGUGCAUGUAUUCAUCUGAUCUAGUUUAUAAAUAUCUAGUUUCUCAUGAUGAUUAUCCAUUAGAUGCUUGUUUAAAGAUUUGUCAACAAUAUAAUAAUUUUGAAGGUGCUACUUAUUUAUUGGAAAGAACAGGUGAUGUUUACAAGGCAUUGGAAAUGAUUGUAACAGUAUUGAAAAAGAAGAUUGAGGAUAUUUUGAAACAUUUCUCAAAUGUAUAUGCCAAUGUCAAGAAUCUAAAGAAUGAAAAAGCGACAGCCAUCCCAAUUGAAAAGGAAAUUAUGGAUACUUUAAAUACUGCUAUUGCUCUUUGUCAAAGAAACUCUCAAAAAUUACAAAUAUCUGAAAAUCAAAUGAUUUGGUUUAGAUUAUUAGAUACAAUUGUAUUAUUUGUAAGAAAAGUUAAACAAUCAAUGAUAAAUAGUAAUUCAAAUAGUCCGUUAUUACUUGCAGAUGAUAGAACUCCAGGAGGUUGGUCAAAGGGAUCACUCAUUUCUUCACCACAACAAUCUCAAUCUCCAUCACUUGUACCAUUGACUUUGGAUCCAAAUGGCAACAUUGAUACUUCUUCUUCCUCUUCUUCCUCUUUGAUCAACAAUAUUAAUUUAUUACAACAAAAACCAAAGAGUGCCAUCUAUGUCAAAUGUACUGGUUUCCUAAAUAGACUCAUUCAUAUUAUUCUCAAUAGUAUGAUGGGAUCGGUUGCAUUGCCAUUGAUUCUCACCAAGAUUGUAAAUGACCACGGUAGUGAUGAGUUUGGUGACUUUAAGGCAAUCAUCACUGGCAUGUUGGAUACUUGUACGUUUGAGACUAGUAUUCUUCACACCGCCAACCAACUCAUCCAAAAUGACAUGUACAAUACCACUCGAUCCUACAUUAGACAACGUAGCAAGGCAUAUUCUCCGGUCAUGCGAAAGUGUGUCAUGUGUAGCCGACCCAUUGGCGAUUUCCCAGCCUCGUCCAACAACCAACAGGUUCCUCUUGAUCUCGUUGUCGUCUUUCAAUGUAAUCACGCCAUUCACUCUACUUGCAUGGGCAAGCAUUCAGCAUGCCCAUUGUGUAGUAAAGACAAUGAAAAUGCUGAAAACAAUGGUUCAAACAACAAAAAGAAAAAAGAGAAAUCAAAUAAUAAUAAUAAUAUUAAUAGUAGUAGCAACCCUAACCAACAAAAACAACCAAAUCAACCACUUUCACCCAUUCUUUUUGACCCUAAAAAGAUUAGACAAGACAAGGACGGUGGUCAAGGAAAUACUUAUUUAGAAAGACUUUCAAAUUAUACUAAAUUGAACAAGAGAAAUACUUAUUCUUAUUAUAAUACAAACAAUAUUCUUAAAAGUAAAAGUAGUGACGAUCAUCAACUCUAUAGUCCAAUUAUUUCCAAACAAGCUUCUAGAUAUUCUCAACAUUAUCAACAACAACAACAACAACAAUAUCAACAACACCAACAACAACAACAACAAUAUCAACAACAACAUUCAACACAACAGAGAACUAAUAGACCUACCACUUCAAAUACCUCUUCACAAUCAAAAUAUACAAGAGAAUAA